UGAUUCUCCACUGAAACGUAUACAUCCAGUCCCUUCUCUUUCGAGCCUUACUUGGCCAACAUAAUUCGUCCAGAGACAAAGAGGCCUGCGGUGCUGAACGCACUAGUGGAUCCCACGUGAGGAGAUGGGCUUUAAAAUUUGGUUACAAGCCCAUUUGAGUCGGAUUUCUUCCAAAACGCCAGUGGUCCCGCGUCGUCACUUACCGUAUCCAAGAUUGCUUGGACCUCCGCCUGUUGGGAUUACAGAUCACUUGAGGCGGACGAGCAUCACAAGAGCUCCAUCACCAGCUAGUGAGGAUGGGAUUGAUAAACAUUCCCUGCAUAUCUUAUUAGAUGUUUUGCCACUGGAAGUUCGACAGCAGAUAUGGGAGACAAUCCUUGGUGGGCACAGUUUCCAUCUGAAGAUUCGACAGGGCCAGCUAGUAGCUCUUCGUUGUUUAUCAUCGGACCCGACCAAUUGUACAGACACGAAUUGGGAAGUACAUCCAAAACACAAACGCCGUGAGCGGGAAAGACAUCGAAAGGGAAGAAAGCGGGAUAGUUUAUUGCCGAUCUUACAGUCAUGCAAACAGAUCUAUGGCGAAUCCGUCAAUAUUCUCUAUUCUUCAAACGCCUUCUUGAUCUCGGACAUAGAUACCAUGAUGUACCUCCCGUCACUACUUCUUCCACAACGCAUCGACGCCAUUCAGACUCUGUACUUCAACUGGAUCGGUCUUCCCUCCCAUAUCAGUACUUUGCUUCGAUUUGAGGGGAAGGAAGACGUUCAGGCAACACUCACGUAUCCAACAGCUUGGACUACAAUAUGGCGUAACAUUUCCGCGAUGAAAGGUUUGCAGACUCUCCUCGUGAAUCUUAGCAUUUGCCCAGAUGUUUGGUCACGUUCAUGGGGAAACAUGAACGAAACCACGUCAGACGAGUUACUGGCCCCUAUCAAGGAGGUAACGCGACCCUCGACAUUCAUCUUGAGUCUUCCCUUUCCACGAAUGAAGAAUAGUGUCGCUCAGAGAGAGAUGCGUGACCGAGAUUUCACGGUGUAUGAAUAUACUUUGGGUGUGCAUGGAGAUUGGGAUGGAAUUGAUCCAUGGGACGCGCUGCAUUGCACAAUUCGGAGGACCAACACGUUAUGAGAUUAUAGUCACGUUAGUCCUAUGAAAUGAAUCUACAUGACUUGGC